GCGCCUCCACGCAGUACGACGUCCACAGGCCGCGAGAGGGACGGCGCGUCGCGAUCGCGAGCCCGUCGGUAGUGAAAAAUGGCCGGAGCCAGCGACUGGUUUAGCAUCGGCAGCACGGUGCUCUGUAAAACCUGCCAUGAGAAGGAGAUAGAGGGUGAGGUGUUGGCGUUCGAUCCACAGACCAAAAUGCUGAUACUAAAAUCACCAUCGUCAAGUGGGAGACCCUCGUUAAAUGAUAUACAUAUAGUGAAUUUAUCCCUCGUGUCCAACGUUCAAGUGACGCGGGAAGUUAGUCCUACUACCAGCGAACCACCACAGAGCCUUAAUUUGCAAAGGCUAAACACACGAGUCCGUAAUCAGAUCGACGAGAAGAGGAGACUGGUAAUGGCUCUGCAGGCCGGAGUAUCUCCAGAGGGACAGAAGCUCUUUAUCGCUAUCUCAAAAACUAUUCAAGAUAUUACGUGGAAUGGAGCGAAUAUUGUUGUAUUUAAUAAUGUCACUAUUAGACCGCCGUACAAAGUGGACAAUGUUCAUGGAAAUGCAGAAUCUGGUGCAUAUAGACAUGUAAAAAAAGUGGUUGAGAAACACAUUAAGGAUACAUUACAAGCACAGCAACAACGGGAUCAACAACAACAACCAACACAAAAAGGCGGCGAACUGCAAUAAGAGUCCACCAAGGCACUACGUCAUCAAGGUCACUAGCAUAUUUUUGAACAAGUUCCAGUGACAAGAAAUAAGAAGGAAGAAUUAACAGAAUAUCGAAAUAGCCCGACUACAAAGAAAUAAUUUAGAUAAGCCUAUCGCGGAUAAUCGGCACAUCUUCAAGCCAGUCGUUUGUUCAAAUGGAAAGAAAGACAACAAGAGCGCAGAUUCGACACAGAAAUUUCACAUCGACUUUAAUUCGAGUAUUGUUAACAGUAUCGUAUGUGCAGCAUUUUAUAAAUACAAUCAGACGUACAAUUCAUAAAA